AUGCCAGCGUGUGAUGCUGUAGAUAGGAAACUUCCUUAUGGUUCCUUUGACAACUUGAUUAAUUGUUUAAUCAAGAUGGGGAAAAAAUGUGGUGAGAGUGCUUUGUACCAGCUUCAUCUUGUUAAAGCCGAAACUGCUCGAGCAUUCAUUCCAAAAGAAUUCAGAUUAGUUGAAGCAUUUGGAUACACUCUUGGAGGUUUUUUCCUUGCUAGCUACGAAGACAGUCCAGCUGGGGUUUUUGAUGAGCUUGUGGUGAUUGCAGGAAUAGUGUGGAACCCCCCAACAUCUUGUGCAUGGGCAGCCAGGGUGCUUGUCAACAGUGGUGAUGCUUGUGAUCAUGGACGAAAGGAAGUAGGGCUUCCCAGUCAAGUUGCCAAGUUUUCCAAGAAAACCACAGCACUUCCAAGGCAAACAAAGAGCAAAUUUAAUGGCUUUCUAGACAUGAUUGGUUUGGGCACUGCACGUUUUAGCACAAAGGACUGCAUGGAUGUUCUAGUAACUGAAAUUAACGGUCCUUCUGCAACUGAUAUCUGCAACAUCAACCUUACAACUGUUGUUCCUGGGGUGAAAUUCAACAAAUGGAAGGGGCCAGCAAUCAAAAUGUCACUACCAAGUUUUAGUGGACGUACAGAGUAUAACCACAACCUUUUGAAAUAUUCUUGCAACAUUGAAUGCAGAGUGCGAGCAGUGCCAGCAGCAAAAGUAUCAGGGCCAUCUUCACCACCAAAGCACGACACUGAAGAGUCAUCGAGCGAGCAUGGUUUGAAAACUCUGGACCGUAAGAAUAAAGAACUCCUAGAUGAGAGACAAAACUUGAGCUUAUCUGUGAUGUUAUCAAAACCAAUACUAGCUUUGGAGUUCAGUUGUUUGAAAAUGCAGGUUGAAGCACCAGUUGUAGUUUCCAAAAGCAAGUUUGCAGCUACAGAUGGACAAUGCAAUGCUAAUGAGGAUGCUUUUGCAAUAUUCCUUCCCCAAGAAUAUAACCUUCGUAACCUUUCCUAG